AAGAACACCGAUUGCGGUCUCUGCAAACGAUACGUUUCUGUCAUGUAUACCCAGCGUCCUCUGGCAUAUGCGCCCACACCCUAUAGCUACACCCCUAAUCCGGCUCUGUCAGCGUCCAUUAAUCUUGAUGAGGAAGUCAAACUCGCCUCGAGCUCUACGGAGCGGGAUCUUUACGAGUCCUUAGCCGAGAUAUACAGUAUUAUCGUGACCCUAGAUGGUCUGGAGAAGGCCUACAUCAAGGACGUGGUGACGGAAGCCGAGUACACGGAAACGUGCACCCGACUACUGAAGCAAUACAAGUCCAGUCUGGGUGAUGAUACGGUCGCGAGGGAGUUUGUCGACCUAGAGACGUUUAAGCGGACGUGGGGGCUGGAAUGCCCUCGUGCCACAGAACGCCUACGCAUCGGUCUCCCCGCCACGGUCGAACAAGCCUCCCACUCUACGCCGGCAGCCAAUCUGGGCUCCGCAGCAGCUGGUCCUGCGGCGGGCGCUUCGGGCAGUCUGAUCUUAACGGCCACGGAGAAUUUCAUUACGUUUUUAGAUGCGCUGAAACUGAACAUGGUCUCCAAAGAUGCUUUGCACCCGCUGCUCUCGGAAGUCAUCCAGUCGGUCAACAAGGUGACUGACGGGGACUUUGAGAACCGGGGAAAGAUCAUCCAAUGGCUGAUCGCCUUGAACCAAAUGCGUGCGACGGAAGAGCUGAGUGAAGAACAGGCCAGAGAAUUGGCUUUUGAUAUCGAGCAAGCAUAUCAAGGGUUCAAGUCCACAUUGGGUGCCGAUCCCGAGGAGCCUCUACAUGUGCUCGACCUACCCCAGAUUCAUACCAAACCUUCCGGCACCGAGAUCCUACGAGCCCUCGACCUCCUAGCGAUUAAGCCUCGCAGCUUCGGCUCUAGUUCUAAAACCCAGGAGGCGGCCAAGGGCAGAAGCGUUCACCCAGCUGGCAUUACCCGUUAUCUGACAACGAUCAUCUCGAGCUCGCUUUCAUGGCUCGAUACCGACGAACUGCGGGAGGCAGUCUGGGAUGCCACCUCGGCUCGACUCAGUGAGCGGUGUGGUCGAACUGCAAUGCCUGCCAUGUCCCGGCUUUUCACCGUCCCAAGCCUUUCGGGCGAAGAACUCACCCUGACCCUGCACGAGCCUUCCCUGACCGCUGAUAACCUGGGCAUGAAAACCUGGGUCUCCUCAUAUCUCCUCUCCCAACGACUUCACUCCGUUCUUGAGUCCACGCCGCCGUUGGUCCCGUCCACGGCCACGAUCCCAAAGACCGACCGGACUCUGCGAGCGCUGGAGCUAGGAUCAGGAACCGGUCUCGUAGGACUUGCCUUUGCCGCCAUCCACGGAGAGUCCGCUUCCGUCCAUCUCACCGAUCUUCCGGUCAUUGUCCCCAACCUGGCCCAUAAUGCAGCUCUCAAUGUCGAACUGCUCACCAAGUCCAACGCACAUGUCACGACGGGGGUUCUAGAUUGGUCCGUUGACCCGGAGCCACUCUCAACCCCCCAAGGAAAAUACGAUCUCAUCCUAGCCGCCGAUCCUCUGUACUCGCCCAAACAUCCAAAAUGGCUGGUUGAUACGAUCGGCCACUGGCUUAGUCGCGGACUUGAUGCUCGUGUCGUCGUCGAGAUGCCGCUGCGGGAUGCCUACCUACCCCAAGUACAGGAAUUUCGGCAGCGGAUGACAGAUACUGGGCUAACGGCCGUCGACGAGGGAGAGGAAAUUGGAUAUGAUGACUGGGAGACGGCGGACGGGGGAGCGCUCGCAGUCCGGUACAUCAAAAUGGUCAUCGGCCUCUUAACAAUAGCCGCCAUUCCCACGGUAACAGGUGCGUCGCUGGCCGUCAGCGAACAGCGCAAGGCCAACCAGCGCAAGGAAGACGAGCGGCGCAUGAGGAAAUUCCACAUCGACGUAGAAAGCGCCGGAGAGACCCAAGAAGACAGCGAGGUGAAUGGGAAACGGUUCGUGGUGAGAGACGAGAAGAUCUACCUGGAUGACCCCGAGGAAUCGAAUCGCCAAACCCCCUCGCAUACCUCCCAGGCGUUCUACAUCGAAUACCCCGAGCUGGAUCAUAUGAAGCAUUUGGAUCGGGGGAAUGGGCUUGUCACCAGCGUAACGCAUAUCCCGCCUCUGCUGCAUUGGAUCUACGCGGACAAGGAAACGCACCAGCUCAAGUACGGGAACCGCACGGGGAGCGCGGAGCAUAUCGUGGGACCGUGGGACUGGACGGACGAAGAGAAGACGAUCACGCUCGAGGAGAACCGGCAGUUCGUAGCGGUUCAGGAGGAGGAUGGGGCGUGGGCCGUCUACUUUGAUCGGGACAGAGAUGACCUGGAGGGCGUGCUGGAGGAACAAGGGAAAUUGGAUAAUGCGUUUGCGCCCAUCAAUUUGAAAAGGUCGAUGGUUCCGCAGGCCAGUAAUGACAAUUCAUGA